AUGGCUGCACUCGCCUCCAAGCAGCAGUCGCUGAAGAUCUUCGAGAAGUUGAAGACCAAGCCUGCGAACAAGAUUUGCUUUGAUUGCGGCGCAAAGUACCCUACUUGGACCUCUGUCCCGUUCGGUAUCUACCUCUGUCUCGACUGUUCUUCUAACCACCGAAAUCUCGGCGUUCACAUCUCAUUCGUCCGCUCCACCAACCUCGACCAGUGGCAAUGGGACCAAUUGCGCUUGAUGAAGGUUGGCGGAAACGAGUCGGCUACUAAGUUCUUUCAACAAAAUGGCGGCACUGCGGCCCUCAACAGCAAAGACCCCAAGACCAAGUACCAGUCCAAUGCUGCCACCAAGUACAAGGACGAGCUGAAGAGACGUGCCGCGAGGGAUGCUCAGGAGUACCCCAACGAGGUCGUGAUUACCGACGCCACCGACGCUGAGACCUCGACCCCAUCCGGCGAACCUGACGACGACUUCUUCUCCUCUUGGGACAAGCCCUCCAUCAAGAAGCCCACGCCUCCUGUUUCUCGAACUGCGACCCCUCCAACAGUCGGCCGAACUCCCUCCCCCUUCCUUAACGCCAACAAUGGCGCCGGCAAGGAUAUCGCACGCUCCUCUUCGCCCCUUUCCAAGGCUGAGGGUGAUAACAAGCCUGCAGCCAGCCGUGUAACUACCUCUGCCGCUCUGCGUAAGACUGCUACUGGUGGCCCGCGCAAGGCCAACAUCUUGGGCGCCAAGAAAGCUCCCAAGCUUGGUGUGAAGAAGGUAACCGGCGACAUCAUUGACUUUGACGAGGCUGAGAAGAAGGCCAAGGAAGAGGCUGAACGUAUCGAGAAGCUGGGCUAUGAUCCCGAGGCUGAAGAGGAGAAGAAGGCCGCCAAGUCUGACACUAUUUCUGCUGCCACCCCUACUAGCCCGAAGGGAGGCUACGGGUCAUCCAGCCAUACCCGCCAGAAGUCCAACGCCGAGGUAGAGCGCUUGGGUAUGGGCGUCGCUAGACUGGGUUUUGGUCAAGUCGGUGGAUCCAAGGCUGCUGCGGCACCCAAGAAGGUUGCUGCUGGUGGAUUCGGCUCUGUUGGUCCCAUCAAGGCCGCUACUGAGGAUGACGGCGAGACCUACGCCCGGAGCAAGUUCGGUAGCCAGAAGGGCAUUUCCUCAGAUGAGUUCUUCGGCAAGGGAUCGUUCGACCCCAAUGCUCAGGCGGAGGCCAAGACGCGCCUGCAAGGUUUCGAGGGUGCCACCUCUAUCUCCUCCAACGCCUACUUCGGACGUCCCGAGGAUGAGCCUGCCGAGGAGUACGGCGAUCUUGAGGGCGCUGCCAAGGACUUCAUUCGCAGAUUCGGCAUCACGGCUGGCGACGACCUUGAAAACCUCACCCAGCUGGCGGGCGAGGCCAGCCAGAAGCUCCAGGGUGCCAUUCGUGCCUACCUUGGCAGCUGA